GACUUGAGGUGCAGAAGAGAAAAGUAUCCGCUCGUAGCCGGUGAAUUGUGAUCAAGUGUAUUUAGUGUUUUUCGUUUUUAAUUAAUUCCAAAUAAUUUCUCAGUUAAUUCAAUCGAAAUUGUGAAAAUUUAAAAUCAUCAAAAAUCUAAACAUUUAUCGAAAAUAUUGUGAUUCCAAUUGUUGGUUUGAGAAGAGAAUAAAUUGUUUCCAUUUUACUUGUUUUUUUCUUCUUCUCUUUUUGUUCGAUUUUCUCUCUUGUGUCUCAUCUUUUUUUUCUCUAUUCCAUCUUCAUCUUUGAUUCUCUUUUGAUAUUUUUCUCUCUCUUUCUUUCCAAUUUAUUUCUCAACCUUCCCUGAGUAUUAAUAUACUUUCUGUGUUCUCUACUGUUCUUCACUAGAAUUAUCUCUCUUUUCUAAUAUUCUAUUCUACUCUUCUUAUUCGUGUUGUGUGUGUCAUCAAUACUCUCUCUCUCACUCUCUUGUGUGUAUUUGGAUUUUUACUGUUUUUCUAUUUAAUUGACAAACGGAAAUUAUCUCAAGUGAUACAUUGAUCUUAACCAUGGACUAUUAUUACCACUGAUUUUCAUUGAAUCUCUUUUGGAUAUUCUUCAAAUUUAACUUGUCAUCAUACAUCCUUUAUGUCUCAUCCACUGUAUAUAACCUUACCCUUUACCCUUUUUCUCACCCUCACAUUACUACUUCUUCCUCUGUCAACCGGUGAUGAUCCGCUUCGAGAUGAUUCUCGCCAUCUUGGUAAAACUCAAGAGAUAAUUGUCCGUCGAGGUCAUAACGGGUCACUACCAUGUAUACCUGCUCAGCGGGCAAAUAAAGUAGACAAAUUGGAAUGGUGGAAAGAGGAUAAAAAACUAGUAGAGAUAAAGGAAACUCGCAUGAUAACAUGGGAAGCUGAAAAUCAUGUUGCAUUCUUACCGGAAACAGGAGCACUUUACUUCCGUUCAGCUCAAUAUCAAGACGAUGGUGAAUAUCUGUGUACAGUGAAUGAAAAGAAAACAAUUGAAGGAAUAGUUCGUCUCUUCAUCCAAGAUGUACCCGAUAUGCCUGGACAACCAAUUAUCAUGGGAUUUACUUCCAGAUCUAUUAACGUCUCUUGGCCUCCAUCUUUCAAUAAUCACAAUAGUCCCAUUUUGUAUUACAUUAUCCACGUUAGGGUUGGUGAAAAAGGUGAUUGGGAUUCAACCAAAGUUCAGACCAUUGGAAAUGAGACCAGUUAUGAAUUCACUGGACUUGAACCAUUUACUGUUUACGUUUUCAGGGUGAUCGCUGUUAACGCUUUGGGUUACAGUAAAUCGAGUAAAGAUUCAUUUCCAAUUGUAACUCUUCGUGAAGUACCAAAUGGAGCACCAACUAUCCUCGGCUAUGGAAACGCAACCAGCACAUCAGUCAGCCUACAAUUUGCACCACCGCCAAGUGACACAGUUCAUGGAGAGCUACUUGGUUAUAAAAUUAUUCUCCACCCAAAGGAUAAACCAUCUCUAGAUAGAACAAUAAUACUGCCAGAUCCAAGUUUACGACAACAUACCAUCCGUAAUUUGGAAACAUAUAUUCAAUACAAAAUAUCUCUAUUGGUGUUCAACAUUGAAGGUGACGGACCGGCUGCUAAUAUAACCGUUAAAACUGAGGAAGGAAUGCCCUCACCUCCAACUGAAUUUGAUGUUGUUAACAUUGGUGAUACUUGGAUUAGAUUAAAAUGGAAAGAACCAAAAUUUCCUCGUGGCGAGAUAAUUGGUUAUAAUCUUUACAUUCGUGAUUUAAAGUUCAAUAAAACUGACAUUCGAACUGGUAUACCAAAGAACCUUAGAGAAUAUGCCAUUGAGAAUUUAAAACCUUUCACCAAAUACAAGAUAUGGAUGGAUGCUCGUACCGCCGCAGGCCCAGGAAAUGAGACUCAGCCAUUAGAUGUACAAACCGAAGUGAGAGGACCAAGUGCACCAAUCAUAGUAAAUUUAACUUGUUCAGUUGAUAGUCUUUUCCUUGCCUGGGAGAGACCAUUUAACUAUUACAAAAGUGUCGAUCAUUAUAACGUCUAUUUUCGGCCUGAAAAUUCCCGUGACUUUACUCAUAUUCCAUUGCCAAAUCAAUUUCAAUAUCAAAUAAGAAACCUCACUGCUGAUAUGUUAUACGAAGUAAAAGUUCAAGGAGCAACCGAAAGUGUCCACAAUAAAAGUCGUCUUAUUCCUGGGGAGUUCAGUGAAUCUCGAAAAGUCGUUCUCCAGAGUAAGUGUGAGAGUUACAUAUCCUCAUCACAAAUCGAUGUUACUCUAAGCGCUGGUGUAAUUGCUGCUGUAAUCUGUGUCUCCUUUGCACUUCUUCUUGCCAUAUUUUCAUUCAUCUUAUGGCGAAAAUAUUUCCAAGCAGCAUAUUAUUACCUUGAUGAUCCUCCCUCUCAAACUCGUGGUGGAUCACCUCAACUCUCAGAGACAUAUGAUGAAUCUGAUUAUGCUUCAGUUCCAGUUACACUUUGGCCUAAACAUGUUCAAGAUCUUCAUGCUGAUGGUGAUAUUGGCUUCUCUCGGGAAUAUGAAUCAAUUCAAACUGGAACCGAUGCUGAACUUUCCUGUGAUUAUUCACAAAUGUCAGAAAACAAAAAUAAAAAUCGAUAUGUAAACAUUGUCGCCUAUGAUCAUACUCGAGUUGUUUUGAAAUCCCUAUCAGGACAAAAGAAAGCCGCUGGUGUUGAUUAUAUUAAUGCAAAUUACAUUGAUGGAUAUUGUAAACCCGCUGCCUACAUAGGAACCCAAGGUCCACUUCCAUCAACAUUUGAUGAUUAUUGGCGUAUGAUUUGGGAACAACGAGUUUGCAUAAUUGUGAUGAUUACCAAUUUAAUUGAAAGAGGACGUCACCAGUUUAGUUGCUCUUCAGAGUUGGAUGACAGCAGGAAAUGUGAUCUUUACUGGCCGAAAGAGGGAAUUGAAACUCACGGAAUAAUUCAGGUUAAAAUUUUACAAGAAGUUGUCAUGGCCACUUAUACAUUAAGAACUUUCUCAAUUCGUAAUCUUAAAAUGAAAAAGAAACAUGGAGCUGAACGAACUGUGUAUCAAUAUCAUUAUACUAAUUGGCCUGAUCACGGAGUACCUGAUCAUCCUCUUCCUGUUCUGUCAUUUGUACGAAAAUCAUCAGCCGCUAAUCCACCAAAUGGAGGUCCAAUUAUAGUUCAUUGCAGUGCGGGUGUUGGUCGAACUGGUACUUACAUCGUAAUUGACGCUAUGAUGAAGCAAAUUAAACACCGACAGAGUAUCAAUGUUUAUGGUUUCUUGAAGCAUAUUCGUCAACAACGUAAUUAUCUUGUCCAAACGGAGGAACAGUAUAUUUUCAUUCAUGAUGCACUUUUAGAAGCUAUUGAAAGUGGUGACACUGAGGUUCCAAGUAGCCAUUUGUCUCGUUAUAUACAAACUUUACAAACAGGCGGUGAUGCCAUUUCCAAUGCAAGCAGUGACAUUAAAGAAAGACCCUUCCACUGGCCUCUAUUAGAGCGACAGUAUAAACUGGUCACUUCUUUCCGAGCAAAAGAUUUCAAUGUUGUCUCAGCUCUAAAACCUUGUAACAAGGCCAAAAAUAGAUCACUUAACCUUAUACCAUUGGAGGCGCAUCGAGUUCACAUUACCCCAAGAUCUCCUGGAACUGAUGGUUCUGAUUAUGUCAAUGCCACUUUCCUUUUAGGUUUCAAUAUGUUGAAAGAGUUUAUAAUUACUCAGCAUCCACUUUAUGAUACAGUUUCCGAUUUUUGGCAAAUGAUUUGGGAUCAUAAUGUACAAACAAUUGUUGUACUCACUCCAAUCAUUGAUGAGAAAGAGUUUCCUCAAUUUUGGCCUGAAAAAGAUGAUGAAUGUGACUAUGGUAGUUUUAAAGUAAAAUUAACUGAGGAAGUGACCACAUCAAGGGAAACUGGAGGUUUUGUAACCACUAGAGAUUUUAUAAUGCAAUCAACUCAAGAUGAUUACGAGUUAAUUUGUCGUAUUGUACACUGUCCAGGAUGGCCUGAGACUUGCGGGCCACUUAGUAGUGUUUUUGAUCUCAUCAAAAUGGUCCAACAAUGGCACCUAGAAUACCAAAAUGGUCCAAUUGUAGUCAUGGAUCGCUAUGGUGGAACUGAAGCUGCAACAUUCAGUUGUCUGACAACUUUGUAUAAACAAUUAAAUUUCGAGGAUUGUGUCGAUGUUUACAUGUACGCUAAACUUUACCAUUUAAGAAGACCUGGAAUAUGGCGCUGCCAGGACGAUUAUUUAUUCCUUUACCGCGCAAUAGAAAGUCUAGUUUCCACAAUGAAUCUCGCUGAAAGUAUGGACACAUCACCUUACGGGAGUCAAUUAAACAUGACCAAUGGUCAUAUUAACUCUAAUGGUCAUGUAAUUAAGAUAAAUUUAAGCUCUGAGCAUAGUCUUAAAAGUGAAUCAAUGGCUUGAUUUGUGGUAAAAAGAGUGAAACGAAACAAAUUAGAGCGAAAACAUUCAAGCAAUUAACUGUAUUUAAUUCAAAGAAAACACAAAAACUGCUUAUAUCUAUUCAUCGCAUCAUCUUCAUCAUGACUUUUGCUCAUCAUCUACAUAAAAUCAUCGCCUCAGGAAAAAGCUUUGAACACGGAAAAACUUAUACAACUCACUCUUUGAUUCCCAACUCUGAAACACUCACCUCACUAUCGACACAUCAUUUAUAAAUUUCAUCUAAUUUUGUUCUUUCAUCAUCUUAAAGCACAAAAAUACAUUUACAAAGAUGAAAAAGGGAGAAAAUAAGAGAAGAUGAAGAUAUAAAAACUAAUCAGUACUUCCAAUAUCUAAAUUUUCAUUCAAAUCAAAUGUUGAUGAAAACGCAAUUGUCUAAAUCUUUCAUCUUCCUAGAAAAAAAAAUCCAUUUUCUCUUUAAUCAACUAAUUACAAUCGAUAAUAUUUGUAAAAGUCGAUAGACAUUCAAGUGAAAAUUGAACUCACAACAAAUUAAUUAACUUCGACGAUCUCAUCUCACUGCCAUUGACUUUGAGAAAAUUAUCUUCAUCUUUCUUGUUUCUCACUUUCUUUUCAUCCCUCAUCUCUUUUAAUAUUAUUUUCAUCUCCCUGACUAUUUGUUAAUCAUUUUUUUUUAAAUCAUCAUCAAUAGUCUGCCAUUAAUUGAUUGUUUUCUCUUCAUCUUUUCUUAAUUCUUCCACCGGUUUUCAUCUUCUCUCUUUUUUUCAUUCCUCUUUCAAUUCUAACUUUGUUUUUGUUUUUUUUUUCUUCUUUUCAUUGAAAAUUUUCUCUCUUCCCUCUUUAAUUGUAAUCACAAUUAACUCCAAAAUUUAAUACAAUUCAUGUAUAUACAAUAAGCAACAACAAAAGUUACAAAAUCAAAUUGAAUAUGUGUAAGCAUAUAUUAUGUAAUAGAGGGCAAAUUAAUUAAUUGCAAGCAAAUAAGGAUUGCCUAUCAGAACGAAACACUCACAAAUUGAUAGACAUGAUAAUUAAUGAUAAUAAUUAAAUUGUAUUAUUGCUCAACCAAAAGUAGAGAUUAUUAAAUAAAAGAUUUUAUUUCUUAAAA